GGGAAUGGGAAUCCAUGCAUCUGGUCAGGCCGACAGGCUCUGCCGUUCACAUUGGGAAGCAUCGAUCUGAAAUUCUGAACGUCUCCGAAACCCCAACCCAAACCACCUGCUUUGCUUGCUCGGCACUCCGCCACCGCACUGCGAUCCCGAGCGAGAAAUCCAGCAGCCAGUAGUCUCCCGAGUCGCCGGGGCGGCAAAUCGCAGCAGCGGUUGUAAGAGCGGCGCUCCGGAUCUCGUCGGGCAACGGCCGCCACCAUGAUGAGCGGCAGCUCCCCUCCGGCGCCCUCGCUUCCGGCUGGGAGUGGGAGCUUCUUCAGAGGAUACACGAAGCUGUGCAAGGGCCUCGCCGUCAUAUUGCUCCUUGUUCACUUUGUAGUCCAGCUCUUCCCGUCGGCUGUAACCUAUCUCGCGCUUAUUCCCGCAAGGACGAUCCCUUUUGCCUGGAACCUGAUAACUGCUGGCUAUGUGGAGCAAACAAUUCCGGGGGUGAUUGUCAGCAUCAUUGGUCUUCUUUUAUUUGGGAAGUUGUUAGAGCCUUUAUGGGGUUCAAAAGAAUUAUCAAAGUUCAUCUUUAUUGUGAACUUUUCAACUUCUGCAUGUGUCUUCAUAACUGCUAUUGUGCUGUACUAUAUAACUCAGCAAGAGAUCUAUCUCUACACUCCUUUUUCUGGAUUCUAUGGAGUUCUUUCAGGAUUGUUGGUGGGCAUUAAACAGCUUUUACCAGAUCAAGAGCUUAACCUUUUCGUGCUAAAGAUCAAGGCAAAGUGGAUUCCAUCUCUUGUUGCACUGAUCUCAAUUAUUGUAAGCUUCUUCAUAAAGGACUUGAUGUCUUAUCUCCCAGUUUUGCUAUUUGGCAUUUAUAUGAGUUGGAUUUACCUGCGUUACUUCCAAAAGAGACUUGAGACAGGCCUGAAAGGAGACCCAAGUGAGGAGUUCUCUUUCUCAAGCUUCUUCCCUGAAUUUCUAAGACCAAUUCUGGACCCAAUAGCAUCUAUACUCCAUAGGCUCCUUUGUGGAAGAUCCGAAAGAUCUGACGCCAGGGGACAAACUUUAGAUACCUCGCCAUUGCCUGGUUCAGAUUCAAUUGAGGCAAACAGGAGGAGAGAGAGGGGUCAACGGGCGCUGGAGCAAAGAUUAGCUGAGAAGCUGGCUGCAGUCAGAAGUUCAGAGGGCACAUCGCUGGAUGCUGCUGAUAAAGUUUGAGUCUUCUAUGCAACGAGCUGUGCAGUUUGUGAAUCCCUGGCAAUGCGUGUCCGUGUGAUUUCCUGAAGGACAGAAAGAACGAAGAACAUGUAUCUUCAGCAACCCAUGCCUCACCUUGGUUUUCAUCAUCAGUAAUUGAGAGUACCGAAGCAUUGCGCUCCAUUUUUUUCCCCAAGGUUCCUCUGUAGCCAACUAAUGAAGCACUAAGCAGUGUACCGAGCAUGGCCAUGGGCCCAUGGUGACUCGAGAAUGUGAUGUUCGUAGGACAAGAACGCUUCUAUGUUCUUUAGUUUGCUGUUUGUUUUGAAACAUUGAGGUUGAUAGUACUAGUUCACAGAAACAAAAUUAUGUACGAGUGUUUUCAGAGCUUUUGUAUCCCACUUCUAAGCUCAAGAAAACUUUAGCUUUAACCUGUCGUCA